AUGGGCUCCCUCAUCAUUGUUUUAACAUUCAUCGCCGCAUAUUGCAGUGGUAAACCAAUCGACCGAGUGUUAUUUCAGUAUCGAUUCUGUAGCUACGUCUUUCCAACGACUCUUUUCAUUGCAGAGACGUAUUGUGACACACUUCCGACUACUCUCGUUAAGCCUGAAGAUGUCGGGCUAGUUGAGAAGAACAACAACAGUCACGCGAUCGAGAAAGGAUUCUUCUGGAAAAAUCCGUCGCGACAAAGGUCCUUGAAGCUAGAGGAGUUCAGGAAUCUAAGCAGCGCGAAUAACGAGACGAGUAAGAGGAAGUCACGACUUCUGGACGGCUUAGCCUUCCUAGCUGGCCUCAGCGUCGGGGGAUUGGCUGCCGCGGCAUCCUCCGUAAAAAGUGUCGCUAAAUUACCGCAAGGGUCGUUCAGUUUAAACCUAGGUUCUUCCAAAGCCCCACCCUACUUCGCCGCUUAUUACAAUCCUUAUUCUCUGCUGCCUCAUCCAUUCUUCUAUCCCGGUUCUUUCGGACUCGUGCCGAUUAACCCCGCGAAACCCCCAACGACGUCGCACAACGAUCUAACGCAGCAAGUGAUCAGCAUAUUUGAAAAUAGACCGCAGACCGAUCUCGAGGAGAACAAUAAGGAAUAUGUAGACGCGGAGAAAAAGUUCAGCAGCGACAAAAGCGGCGAGGCUGACGAUCGCACGGAUUUACGAGCCGCAGCCGAUCGGAACGCGGAAGAGAAGAUAGUGAUACGCGGAUGUAAAGAGGGACAACGGAAGCACGGCAAUUUCUUCAAAGAAUCGGUCAGAGCGCAUGAAGAUUUCUACAGUGCCAGCAACUUGGAUCCAUCUGCGAACGUGACCGCGAAUCAGACCAUGACAACAAAUGCAACUAUGACAAGCCCGCCGAUCCAAAAUACAACGUAUUAUCCUCCGCCUCAGUAUACCGCGCCGUCCUUGCCGGGAUAUUUCGGCGGGUAUCCGCAGAAUAUAAAUCACGUUGAUCUCACGACGAGCUCGGACGCAUACCGUUAUCAAGAUCCUAGCCACAGCAAUUAUAAUUUGCCAUACGAGAGACCGCAUUUUUACCACGAUGACAAGUACAAUGCUUAUUCGAAUUCUCACGUUAAUUCAUAUUUUUCUGGGCCAUAUUCGUCCGAUCAAACAAAUGAACACGCAGCUGCGGAUUAUAAUCGAUUGUAUCGCCAACCGUAUCAAUCACCGUACGAUAGCUUUCGACCAGUAAAGUGAGUCAUUUUUUGCAUAAAGUUCGUUAAACAUUUUAUCGAAUUGUGUAAAUUAGA